UGCUGAUACCAUUACUUUGGAUUUCUUGUCCCAUUCAGUUCGUCUUGAUUUCAGAAUUCUGUAUUUAUACUGUAAGGCUGGACCUUCUGGUGUUUAGGGAAGAUGGAAAAGAGUAUCUUGGAUCAUGAAUUUUCUGUUUUUUUUUUUUUUUUUUUUUUUUUUUUUUUUUCCCCCUCGUGGAAAUCAAUAUAUUCUACCAGAUUUAUUUCUAUCAUACAUGUUGCUAAUUUCAUAUUCUCUUCUAAUAAGAUGAUUGAAGGAGACAUGCUGCACAUGAUUACUCAGUAACUCCUAGUAAAGGCUUACAAAUUAGACAACCAGGGUGCACCUAGAAGUUGAAGUCGAAUACACCC